GCCUGCCUAGAGCGGCGAGGAAGCGGUGGCAGCCGGGCGGGGGAGGAGAGGGAGAGGCGCGAGCGGAAGCGGCCGGGAAGGUCACUUCCGGCCUGGGCGCCCGUCCCCCUGACCCCAGGGUCUGAGUCGCCGCUGCCGCUGCUGCCACCGUCCGCGAGGCAGGCGAGAGGGGGAAGAGUGCAGCGCGGCGGCCCCGGGGCCGAGGAGGGACCCUGAUAUGGAGCUGCGGGAAGAAGCUUGGUCUCCGGGGCCGCUGGAUUCUGAGGAUCAGCAGAUGGCCAGUCAUGAGAACCCAGUGGACAUCCUCAUCAUGGAUGACGACGACGUCCCCAGCUGGCCCCCGACCAAGCUGUCCCCACCCCAGUCAGCGCCUCCGCCUGGGCCCCCGCCCCGGCCGCGGCCACCCGCACCCUACAUCUGCAACGAGUGCGGCAAGAGCUUCAGCCACUGGUCGAAGCUGACCCGACACCAGCGCACGCACACAGGCGAGCGGCCCAACGCCUGUAGCGACUGCGGCAAGACCUUCUCGCAGAGCUCGCAUCUGGUGCAACAUCGGCGCAUACACACAGGCGAGAAGCCGUACGCCUGCUCCGAGUGCGGCAAGCGCUUCAGUUGGAGCUCCAACCUCAUGCAGCACCAGCGCAUCCACACGGGCGAGAAGCCCUACACCUGCCCCGACUGCGGCCGCAGCUUCACACAGAGCAAGAGCCUGGCCAAGCACCGGCGCUCACACAGUGGCCUCAAGCCCUUCGUGUGCCCGCGCUGCGGCCGCGGCUUCAGCCAGCCCAAGAGCCUGGCGCGCCACCUGCGGCUGCACCCAGAGCUGUCAGGGCCCGGUGUGGCGGCCAAGGUGCUGGCGGCUAGUGUGCGGCGCGCCAAAGCGCCCGAGGAGGCUGCGGCGGUGGACGGCGAGAUCGCCAUCCCAGUGGGUGACGGCGAGGGCAUCAUCGUGGUGGGCGCACCGGGGGACGGUGCUGCCGCAGCCGCAGCCCUGGCCGGAGCAGGGCAGCGCGCAGCGGGGCCGCGGUCGCGGAGGGCUCCGGCGCCCAAGCCGUACGUGUGCAUGGAGUGCGGGAAGGGCUUUGGGCACGGGGCCGGGCUGCUGGCCCACCAAUGCGCGCAGCACGGGGACGGGCUGGGGGCAGCGGGUGGCGAGGAGCCUGCACACAUCUGCGUGGAGUGUGGCGAGGGCUUCGUGCAGGGCGCUGCCCUGCGGAGACACAAGAAGAUCCACGUGGUUGGGGCGCCGUCGGUCUGCAGCAGCUGCGGACAGAGUUUCUAUCGGGCAGGUGGGGAGGACGAUGGCGAGGAUCAGUCGUCCGGUGCGCGGUGUGCGGAGUGUCGUGGUGGGGAGGCCCGGUAGGGACGGGGGUGCCCGAGGGGUGGGCAGGGCCCCUCGGGCUCAGUGGGGACUAUCAGCGAGCAAGACCACGAGGCCCAGGGAGAACUGGACCGGGAGGAGCAGCAGCCUCCCUUCUUCCUUGGCCCAUGCUGACCUGGGUGUGAGAGGUCCCGCAGUCAUCAGGGCAGGUUCUCAGGACUGCCCACAGCCUCUCUGCUGACUCGCACCGGCCCUGUAGGUUCCCAGCCUGGGAAUCAGAGACUGUGUGAGAGAACUGUGUAGAUCAAUCGGCACUAGACCCUCAAUAGAGAGGCCAUCCCCCACUGCAGGUGUGGGGCUGCGGUGUCCUAAGGAAUGGAGGGAUCCUGGCCUUGUGCACCAAGAGCGUCUUUCUUCCCUUCUAGAAUUUUCUUUUAAUCAUACCUUUUUGGCCCCUCCCAUUCAUUAAUUUUUCUGCCCCAUGGGUCCUUGUCGAUUUUCUAGCCCAAGUCGUUCCUCUCCCUCCUGGAUUCGCAGUAGCAGAGGAGUGAAGUAGCCUCCUGUUCCCAUCACGGUCUCAUUGAGAGGACAGAGUCCUGUGUGCUCCCUGUCCUGACGGUGGAGAAGGGAUGUGGGGGCAAUAAAUGGCACUA